CAUACGCGUUCUGCGCGCGGCGCGGGUGAAGAUGAAGUCGCACGCGGAUGGAUCAGCGCCAGCGGUGAUCGAGUGAUCGGUGUUCCGCGGAGAUGCUGCAGUGGAGCUCCAGGAGUCCUCGACACUGGCACGAGUUCGUCAAUCAUGAGGUCUGCGUCACGGCGGGAGAUCAGCAGCGCUUCGAGGGACGCGUGUUCACCGUGGACCCCGUCUCCGCCAGUGUGGUGCUGGUGAGCGUCCAGGAGAACGAGUGUCCGUCGGUGAGGGUGAUUCUGGGUCACGCGGUGACUGAUGUCCAGAUCCUCAGGAGAGGAACAGAGGAAACGGAGCGUCAGAUGAAGAGCGUCUUCCUGCCGGACCGAGCACAGAGUCUCAGCGCGGAGGAGCUGAAGUCUCGGCGGGAGAGUGUGCGUCUGUGGCUGGAGAAGAACCGAGUCCCGGUGACUGAAGAUGGAGAGGUUCUGUGUGUGGCGAACGCUCUGACCAUCAGCGCCCCCUACAGGCCUGGAGACUGCAGCAGCGCCAACGAGAUCAUCCUGUCUCGCAUCCAGAGUCUAGUGGAGAGCAUCCCUGGAGCAGAACAACCCUCAGGACAGACACAUCAGUGAAGAAGGC